AUGUCUCCCGGGCCCUGGUGGCUGGUGCUCUGGAUGCCUCUCCUGGCCACUCUGCCCGCGGGCGCGGUGCAGGAGGAGGAGGAGGCGGUGAUGACAGCUCCAAGAUGUAAAUCUCUGAAGGAAGCAGACUUCAUUGAAACAUCUACGUCAGACUGUUACUGCUACAAUCAAGAGCAAAUACAGUGGACAUACAUGUGGUCGACGGUACAGGUGACUGUCGCCAGUCGUGACCUGCUCAGAUUUGUGUACAUCACAGGAAGUCGCAACUGCCAGCAUCCGAAAACCAUUCUAUCAUUUAUUAAAUGUGUGAUUUAUAACUUUUGGGCACCAGAGGAGCUUAAGGGACUGAUCAUGGUCUUCAGUCCAUACGGAGAAACCGUAUGCUUCUCCGUGAAGCCCAUCGAGAGGGUGUCCACCUACAUAGUGAGCGUGGACCGAAACACUGUGGAUCUCAGACUCCUCCUUCUAUUUGUGGCAGGCAUUUUCCUCUUCUUUUCUGCAAAGACCUUGAGCCGAAGCCCUGUUUUCUAUUACUCUUCGGGUACUGUGUUAGGUGUGCUCAUGACCCUAGUGUUUGUCCUUCUGAUGGCUAAGAGACACAUUCCAAAGUAUAGCACGUUUGGGGCGCUAAUGAUUGCUUGUUGGUUUGCUUCAGUUUAUGUCGGGUGCCAGCUGACGGAAGACCUGAAGAGGCUGAACAGACUGUACGCAUUAGGCUACUUCCUGGUGGUUGGGCUUUGUAGCUUUGGCGCCUGCUACUGGCACGGGCCUCUCACCAGUGAGUGGAGCAGAGGCCUUCUGAUGUGGACACUGCGGCUCCUCUCCCUGGUCCUGCUCUACGUGGGGGCAGCCGUGCCUCAGUUUGCCUACGCCAUCAUGGUCCUCCUCCUGUUCUCCCGGAGUCUGCGCUAUCCGCUGAGAGCGCUCAGCUAUCUGAGGUGGAAAAUGAGGCCAUGGUUCAUAAGAGAACCGCCAGUCGUGAAGUAUCUCACCGAGGACGAGUACAGGGAGCAAACUGAGGCCGAAACAGCCAGCGCCCUGGAGGAACUGCGCCGUGCCUGCUGCCGGCCUGACUUCCCUUCCUGGCUGGCUGUCUCCAGGCUCCAGGCUCCUAAAAAGUUUGCAGACUUCAUUCUCGGAGCGAGCCACUUGUCCCCCGAGGAAGUCAGCACACACGAGAGGCAGUACGGCCUUGGGGGCGCCUUCUUGGAAGAGCAGCUCUUCAGCCUUCGGGCUGACAGUCAACCUGCAAGCUGACUUCAGUGUGGACGAGGGAUCGGGUGAAAAGCAAAGAUCCUCGUAUAGUGGGCAGUGGGAAAAGCGUGCACCGCUGAGGAAAACAAGCCAUGCGAGUGAGAACUCGCCUCCGGCAGCCCGCUUACUGCGCCGUGGGUGGCAUCAGGACUCUAAGAAUCAUGGCCACUUGCCCCAAAUGAAGACGACUUUCAUUAGAACAGCGGGACUUUUCCUUUAGGACAGUAAGCAAGGUCAGAUACCAUCCCAGCGCUGGGCUCUAGCUUCUCUCUUGAUGCCGUGAAGCUGGCUCAAAAGGCUACCUCUUUCUCUUUCCAUUUCUUGAUAGCAAUGUUUUCUAAAGUGCACUCUGGCCGGGCAGUGGCGGUGCACGCCUUUAAUCCCAGCACUCAGGAGGCAGAGGCAGGCGGAUCUCUGUGAGUUCGAGGCCAGCCUGGUCUACAAGAGCUAGUUCCAGGACAGGAACCAAAAAGCUACGGAGAAACCCUGUCUCAAAAAUCAAAAAAAAAAAAAAAAAAUGCACUCCGUGUGGUACUAGUUAGGGCUGAUAAUGUCUUCCUGCGCCAGCAUGGUGGACCCUGUCCCACCUAGCAGGUUUCUCCAUCUUCAGUGCAGUGAAGGCAUCGUGGGUCUGAACUGCAGACAUCGUGCACCAGGGCCGCAGACUGACUGACCAGAAACCAUUUUCCAUGAGAUGAAUAAUUGUCAGAACAUGCUUGGAGGUUCGGGUUUGAGAGGUAUGCCCUCAGCAGCCUUGGCCGCGCGCCAGCCCUGGUGCACCCUGAGACUCGGGUGGACGACCAUCUUUAGCCGGAGGGUCGGGGCUGUGUCCUGAACAGCCUUGGUCCCACCGUGUUGGUGCCUCCAUUUUUGUCUGUGUUGCUUUCCUUUUAAAAUAAUGACCAAUUAGCUAUUUAAUAACUAACGGAGAAAAAACAUUUCUCAGGAUUAUAUUUAAUGUUUUCACAAGAUUUUAUAUGCAGACAGAUUAUAAUUACUUUUUGUACUUUUAUAUAUUAAAUGUGAAAGCAGGUAGCCAUGUGUGACAUUGAGAUUUAUUUUUUAAGCUGCUUUUAUAUGUUUGCAAUGGUUUCUCACAAAACAGAUUUUGAUACUCUUUUUUUAAAGAGAGAAAAUGUUUGUUUCUUGAUCCAUGAUAAACUCCAACAUGCAAUAAGCCACUAACUGCUUCUGCCCCAGCAAAGGGUCUAAGGGUUGACAAUGGCAAGCAUUCUGUGGAGGCGCUGGCCUGAUUCUCUGAGGAUCAAAUGCAGGCUCGUUUUUAUUGUCUUUGUUUUAUACUGCAAUGAUAAAAACAUGAGACGUCAUCCUGUAUAAAAGGCGCGGUGAGGGGGACAUAAGAAGUGGUCACUGUCAUUUCUUGAGAGCUGCAAACUUAAUGGAACUUUCUAGAUUGACUCUCAACUGAUCUUGAAGCAGUCGUCAGUGUUCCUGGAUCUGCUUUCUACAGGGACAUUUAACAUUAGGAGUCUUGUUUCUUUCCUUAGAAACAUUACUCAGGGUAGCCUGCACCUUUACAGACUUUAAAAAACCAAAGAAUGCGGUGUGGGGAGAGGUGGCUCAGCGGACAUCCUGCCUUGCAGAGGACCUGGGUUCCGUCUCCGUCACCCACAUGGCGUGGCAGUUCCGGGUGAUCUGAUACCCUCUGACUCCGCAGGCACCAGGCAUGCAUGUAUCGCACAUACGUGCACGCAGGCAAAACACUCAGGCAUAAAGCUUUAUUUAUACAAAACUGUCAAACGACGUGCCUCCGUUCCUCUUGGCACCUGACUGUCUUGCCGGUAUAGACAAGCGGUCUAGCAUGAUUUGGCCACAGCUUACUCUGGUUUUCCUUUUCUGUACGUUCAUUUAUUGGUGCUAUAUUGUAACGUGUCGGGUGUGUCAGUGCUGUGCAUGGCUGUGUUCACCCCUCACUAAGCGGUCUGUCUAAUAUCGACUGUGUUUGUGUGUGAGUGACACGGCAGCACCCACUGCUGCGCCCGCCCGCACCGCCCUCCUGAGCCACCGGAGACUGCACUGUGAGGAAGCAGCUCCAAGGGCGCCGAGCCCCUGCACCCACUUCUGCACCUGCCCACACCGCCCUCCUGAGCCACAGGAGACCGCACUGUGAGGAAGCAGCUCCAAAGGAGGCGAGCCCCUGCAGCCACAGUGAACACAGUGGCAGUCUUUGGGGAUGCUGUUUCCGCGCGUAGUUUUGGAAGGAAUCAUGGGUCUGACAAAUUGUUCUGUGAGAGGCUAAACAAUUAAAACAUUUCUGGUAACAUGCUUGGUGGCUUGUGCCAUUGGCCUCUGAUUCAGUGUUUAUUAUGUCACCAUUCCGGCCCCAUCUCAUUAACCAGUCUGAAGUCCAGCAUUUCACAGCCGGCACAAGAGACAGACUCUGAGCCUGACACGGUAGCAGAUUCUGUCUCAAAAGGCACAUUUACCUCGUGUCUGUACUGCCAAGUCUUUCACGCAAGCCCUGGUUCUACGGUCAACCCAGACAGACUUCUGGGCCCAGGACCCUAGCACUGAGGUCUCUGAGCCACCUUAGAACUGGGACUUCUGUCAAGCCACAGUGGGACAAGUGGGUUCGCCGCCCAGAGCGGAUGGGAAUCCCGCUCAGCUCACCGGGGCUGGCUCACACUUCCCCAGACAGCAUCGAGUGACUUCCUGUAUAAACCACAGCUACUCCUGCACAAACUAUGUCAUUUUUGAUUUGAGAAGGGUUUCUUUCAGUCCCUUAUCCUGUCUUCCUAGAAGCGUCGCGUCCCCAGCUGCCUAAUCGCUCAGAAGUCUUACGUGGGGUUUUUUUUUUUUAAAGCUUUGGAGAAACAGAGCGUGAGUGGUUUAAGAGUUUCAGGUGGAGCCUGUGUCUUUUCUCACUCGGUGCACCAAAGGCCGAAGGAUUUCUGGAUGGGUAGUCAUGGUUUUCCUUCCCUGUAAUUGUCUCUCACAGAGUAACUCGGGUCCAAGUGGCCUUGCAGAAGUGGGAGAAGUGGAGGCCAUGAAACUUCCCAGGUGAUGUCUUCCCGUUGGCUGUAUGCCGUCUAGUACGGCAGUUUGUACAACAGGAAGAGGUUUAAAAUUAGAAUCCAGUUCUUCAGAGACACUAGCCACAUGCCAAGGGUAAGAGUCGCAGUUAGCGCCUAAUACUCGUCCUGGUACCACAAAAGUAGAGAUCCUACAGUCUUCUGGGAGUUCUGUUAGGCAAGGCCGUCGCUUGGGAUGCUGAGUUUGUGUUAGGGAAUGUCUAGAAGUCCAGAAUAGAAACAAGCACACAUGGGUUUCAGGCACACACGACUC